UCAAUCAUUUCUUUGCAACAAAUCCCAGAUAUCUCAUCCCUUCAACUUUGCUACAAGCAUUUACGAUUCAAGACCCAGAAAUGGAGAGGAAAAGAAACGUGAAAAACCACGGCAGUCAUGGACAACGACGACAUAGGCCACUGGACGCCUACGAGCUUUAUGAACUCGAGCACAUGCCACGUACACUUCAAAUGAAGGUUCCAAAUAUCGAUCGUUCUAAACCUCGUGAGGAUGAGACCGGAAGAACAGUGCAGAACUCUUGGAGCCAAACAAAGGACGGCAAUCAUGGACAUCACGGACAACGACAUAGGCCACAUGACGCCUACGAGCUUUAUGAACUCGAGCACAUGCCGCGUACACUACAUCACGCAAAGGUUCCAAGUACUGAUCGUGCUAGACCUGGUGAUCAGAAUGGACGGGAAAGCUAUAAGGAUAACAUCGAUUGUGAGGCAGAAGCGUUCAUCAGGUUGGAACAUGAGAAGUUCGAGCUAAGCAAAUGGAUGUCUAUGAAUGGCUGCUAGCUUCCUCAAAUUAUCAACUCUAGCUUAGAGCUGAAAUAAUGCAUGCAUGUCUUUGUUUUUUCAAUCAAGCCACUGGCGGUAUAGUAAAUGUGUGUUAUACAAAAAGUAUUGUAUGUUCAUAAAACCAAUGUCGAAAUAAAUGAAUUUUACUGUGUGUACACCUUUGGUAUAGGUAAAAUUCAUUUUGGUA